CAUGAACGCCCGUCACUAGAAUCACGCCCACCAUCAGCCACUAAACAAUCAUAAGAACUCAGCCAACACUACCCAUAACCAUCACGGUCAAGCAAGUGGCAGUUUAUAUCGGUCAUCAAAGAGCAAAAAAGGAUGCGAUAGCUUGGUGUUUAGGAUCUUGACCGAGGACCUUAUCAUACUCCCAGAAGCAAGCUUUGCUUUUUUUCAGCCAACGUUGGAAUUCUUCGCCAAAUUUGAAGGAUAUCCUUCUCCUGAAUUUUCUGCCAAACGAAAUGUCUGGUUUUAUAAUGAAUCUGCGUCUAAUUGUCACCAUAGGGCUAGUCAUAUUCCCAAUGUCUGCGUGCUCCAUGCGUUUCGACCUUCGAUUGGGCGCCAUAAAAUGCAUAUCGGAGGACAUUAUGAGCAAUGCCAUGAGCGUCGGCAAGUACAGCGUCGUCGAUCCCAAUGAAGGCUUUCCUGUCCCUGAUUCCCACAAGAUCACCGUCAGGGUCAAUUCGCCUCAUGGUGUUAAGCACCACCAUGGGGAUCAUGUGGAAGCGGGUAAUUUUGCGUUUACCGGGGCUGAGCCUGGUGAUUAUACAGCUUGUUUUUGGGCGCCUGAUCAUAAGCCCCCGGUGACAGUGGUGGUUGAUUUUGAUUGGAGAACUGGAGUUGCUGCGAUAGACUGGUCCAACGUUGCAAAGAAAGGGCAGAUUGAAGAGAUGGAACUUGAGUUGAAGAAAUUGCAUGCAACUGUCGUAUCCAUUCACGAUGAGAUGUUUUAUCUUCGUGAGAGGGAGGAAGAAAUGCAACUACUUAAUAGAGCAACCAACUCUAAGAUGGCUACUUUUAGUUUCCUCUCGCUUGUGGUUUGCUUGUCAGUAGCCGGUUUGCAGCUAUGGCAUCUGAAGACAUUCUUUGAGAGAAAGAAGCUCCUCUGGAUCUAAUUUAACAACCAAUUUCUGUUCUUUUCUUUCUUAUUAAUGUCUCAUGGGCUAUAUAUUAUCACCAAUUCAUUGGUUGGACUAUUCGUAAUACUUACAAAGUAGUUUUUAAACAAUUCUCGGCAAGUUGUCCCUUCGCAUUGAACAUUAUACUUCAAAUAUACAGUAUCGUUAGAAUGUAAUUUGCGAUUGGAAAA